AUGGAUUCAGACGAACCAUACACAAUACCGUUCGAGGAUUUUGGAGAUGUACGCCAAAUUGAAAAAUUUGGAGCCGCAGCAGUGAUUCACAAGGCGGUAUGGAAAUCACAGCGCAAUCGGCAAGUUGCCAUUAAAAUCUACCACAAGCUGCCUCAGUAUAAAGAGGUCAAUAUUCUCAGGAAACUUGACCACCCAAACAUCAUCAAAUUUUACGGAGUUGUUAACCCUCCACUUUGCAGUGGAAUUGUUAUCGAAUAUGCUUCAGGAGGUGAUCUUUUGUCAUUUUUGACAUCUAAACGUGAAGAAAACCCUGGUGAACGACUUCCACAAAGACAGUUUAACCACUGGUGCCUUGAUAUUGCUGUUGCCAUUCAAUACCUGCAUGAGCAUCAUAUUACCCACAAAGAUAUAAAAUCUCCUAACGUCCUCAUAAGUGAUGACAUGCAUGGAGAAGGUGCGGAGUCAUUAAACCGGUUGAAAAUAUGCGACUUUGGCAUUUCAAAAGAACUCACCAGUACAGAAUCAAUAAUCUCCAGUUGUUAUGGUGGGUGUACUAGAGCUUGGGCAGCCCCAGAGGUUAUUAGGGACCAUCGGUUGGUUUCUCAAAAAUCUGAUAUGUACUCAUUGUGCGUUGUUUUCUGGGAACUCUGGACGUGUAAACACCCAUGGUCGGACAAUUUAGAUCACGAUAUUGAAACCAAAGUGAAACAAGGAAUCUUCCUGGAAAUCCCUACAGAUUUUCCAGAAGCGAUGAAACCGGUGAUUUUAAAAUGCUGGCAAAUGGAGAGACACAGACGAUGUAACAUUGACGAAGUAAUUGUCUGCAUUAAAAGCUCAAUGUCUGAGUGCCAGAUAGAAGUCCGUCAAGAAAAUAAAUCCGGGAACAAAGGCAAUGCCCAAAGUGGAGUGAUUUCCGAGGAUAUUAUUGAAAAAGACGAAAGUGUGCAAAAGCAAACACGACUAGAAGACCAAAAACUUGAUAAAGUACCGGUCCAACUUGUCGAAAACAGCAGUAAAUCACUUGAAAUUUCAAAAACUGAUGUUAAGGAAACAAACUCUUCUCAGAGUUCGGACAUUAAAAUACAAUUAUCAUGCGAUUAUAAAAAAGAAGAAAACACGAAAGCAAGUGAGGAUGACGACGUUGAUAUAGACCAUGACGAUGGCGAUAAUGAUACCACACAGAUUAAUUAUUAUCAGAAUAUCGGUAUACAAAGUGAGCCUAAAGUAGGCGCAACAGAGAGUGAUGAACGUAUGCAAAUAAAACAGGAGGGUGUAAACACAUCAAUGAACCAGGUUACUAAACAUGGGUUUUGUGAAGAAGGACAUGUCGCUUACAUUGUUGAUCGCUUCGAAAGUUUCAAUGAAGAUAACAUCGAUUCUUUAAGAAGGGAAUUUUCCGGACGUGACGAAAACCCUACUACAGGUGGAAGAAGUGAAGUCGCACCCAUGUCACCUGUACCAGUAUAUCAAAAUCUGAUAUCACCAGUACCAAAAAUUAAUGACGAUUACGGCUAUGUUGACGCCACAUGUGUACCACCAAAAGGGAAAUCAGGCGAGGAACUUAUGAAAUUAUAUGAACAUGUAGAAAAAAGCUACACUGAUCUUAAACUUGUUAAGGAAGAGUGUAUGGAUAACAGCCGAUUCCAUGGGAUAUUAAAUGAUGGAGAACUCCGACACCUGAUGACAAAUAUAUAUGAUGUAGAGAGAAUAAUGUCUAGGCUUUAUACUUGGUUCAACAUAUGUAGAUGGAAAAUUCCCGUCAUUUCUCAACUAAUAACCAAUAUUAUCGAAGGAGGGUAUUUACAACCGAUCAUCAAUUUUUCAAUAUAUUCACAGCUUCAAAUGAACAUGUUGAAAUGCAUAAGGUAUGGACAUCUCGACUUUGCUGAGAUGUUUAGAAGAGACUCCGAAGAUAUGAACUACAGACUAUCAUUGAAAGAUCUCCAAGAAAUCUUUCUAAAACAAGCUAACUGGCUAAAGAAGUUUCACAGUACAUUAAAGGUGAUUAUGUGUCUUCUAAUUUUACACACAACACAAUUCAAGUUCAAUACAAUAAACAUGAAUUUGAUUAUUUCGUUUGUCAGAGUUUCUAUGACGCUGUGGUUGUUGAGAAUUUCGAAGACACAUCAGUGAUUAAAGAUUUGAAGGAA